AAAUAAUAGUGGGGAAACAUACUUCCUUUCUUCUUUCACACACACUUUUAAUAGUAACAAAAAAAAAAAAAUAUGAAUGGCUCUUCAAAUUUACGCAUUGCAUGUGUGAUGGUAGGCUUACCAGCAAGAGGAAAGACUUAUAUCUCAUAUAAAGUGAGUCGUUACUUGACAUGGUUAGGUAUCAAGACACAAAUAUUUAGUGUUGGUAAUUAUCGUCGCAAAUUGGCGGGAUUAAAUCUUCCACAUACAUUCUUUGAUGUCAACAAUGCAGAAGGCAUCAAAAAAAGACACGAAGCAGCAUCUUGUGCAUUAAGUGAUAUGAUCAAUUGGUUUGAAAAAGAGGAUGGUACUGUUGCGAUCUUUGAUGCUACAAAUUCAUCAAAAAAGGCUAGAGCUUGGAUCAACAAUGCUUUGACAGCACGUAAUAUUCAAGUUUUAUUCAUUGAAUCAGUUUGUGAAGAUGAGGAUAUUAUCUUAUCGAAUAUUAAAGAUGUCAAAUUAUCCUCGCCUGACUAUUGCAAUCGCGAUCCAAAUGCUGCCACCGAAGAUUUUAUGAAACGGAUCAAGCAUUACGAAGAAACUUAUGAAACUGUUACAGAACAAGAACUGACUUAUAUCAAAUUAAUCAAUGUUGGAAGUCAAUAUAUUAUCAACAUGAUCCGCGGUUAUUUAGAAAGUAGAAUCGUUUAUUACCUGAUGAAUUUACACACACGUCCAAAAAGAAUUUGGUUUAGUCGACAUGGUGAAUCUCUCUUCAACUUAGAGGACAGAAUUGGUGGUGAUGCUGGGCUAUCACCAAGAGGUGAGCAGUAUGCAUUAAAAUUACCGGAAUUAGUCAGACAAAAUAUCGGUGAUCGGCCUUUGACUGUUUGGACUUCCUCCAUGACUCGUACCAUUCAAACUGCGAGACAUUUGGAUUUCCCAAAGAAACAAUGGAAAGCCUUAGAUGAACUCGAUACUGGGGUUUGUGAUGGCAUGACUUAUGAAGAGAUCGCUAUCAAGUACCCAGACGACUUUGCGCGUAGAGAUGAAGAUAAAUUUAACUACCGCUAUCGUGGUGGGGAGAGUUACAGAGAUUUAGUAUUGAGAUUAGAGCCUGUUAUAAUGGAUUUAGAAAGACACGAAAAUAUUUUGAUUAUCUCUCAUCAAGCUACUAUUCGUUGUAUGUAUGCUUAUUUUAUGGGACUAAGCCAUGAACAGUUACCAUAUGCCCGUAUUCCUCUUCAUACUAUUAUUGAACUCAAACCCAAGGCUUUCUCAUGCGAAGAAAAAUUAUAUAAGGUGGACGUUGGCUCAGUUGAUACAUACAGGCCCAAGGGACAGCUUGCUCGUAAAUUGACAAACGAUAAAUUUGUGAGUUCGAUGUCCCCAUUAUCGGAAGGAGCAAGCGGCGAAAUAGCCGAUGCUAAAACUCCAAUUCUACCAAUUAAACCUAUGGAGGCUACCUCUACCUGUUAGAUGACUUAUGAGCUCGGAAAGAACCUGUGUACUAUUCUCUUUUUUUAAAAAAUUAUUAUUCCAGAGCUUAGAUCAUUAGUACAUUUAUUUUUCUAAAAAAAUACUGCAAUUUUAAUUUAAUCUCUUAAUCAAUGAAUUAAGGAUAUUGUACAUCACGCAUGAAUUAAAGUUUAUUUUUUAUUUCACUGCAAUAAGAUUUGUGUGUGAUA